GUUCGCAUUGCGAGAUCGCGCGACUUUCGCACCGAACAUACUCGGCGGCAGCGGCAUACUCGAAGGCAGCGCAAGAGGGGGACGCAACGCCGCGCCUGAACGAACGGGCAAAUACGCGACGUGUGACCACGUUAACAACGCCGUCAGGAUGCCGACCGGAUUCAGCGGUGCUAUGGAGGCGGACAACCUCGCACUGGAGCUCGAGGAACCGAUUCCGGGCAAGGCGCAGCUUGCCAAUGGACACGGCAUCCACAAUGGCACCACCACAUUCGUCAACAAUGUGACCAACGGCAAGCAGCAGACAAAUGGCACGUCGGUACUGGUCGCCACUCCAGAGGCCACGGAGAAGACCAGGGGCGACACCGUUAUCUACAGGGUCAACGACACUCCACCCUGGUACCUUUGCCUGUUACUCGGCUUCCAGCACUACCUGACCAUGAUGGGCGGCACGGUGAGCUACCCGUUCCUGCUGGCGCCCUACCUGUGCAUCGCCGAGGAUGAUCCGGCACGCGCGCAGCUCAUCUCCACCAUCCUCUUCGUGUCCGGCCUGGGAACGCUGCUGCAGGCAACUUUCGGCGUGCGCCUACCCGUCAUCCAGGGUUCGACGUUCGCGCAUCUGGUUCCCAUCCUGGCCGUCCUGCAGCUGCCGCAGUGGAAGUGUCCCACUCACACGGAGACGCAAGGAGCCGGCGUCGAAGCGUCGCCCAUAGGCAGCGACUGGCGGCCGCGAAUGCUCGAGGUGCAAGGUGCCAUCAUGGUCGCUUCCGUGUUCGAGGUGUUGGCAGGGGCCACGGGCCUGGUGGGCCUGCUCACUCGCUGGAUCACGCCACUGGGCAUCACGCCCACCAUCGCGCUCAUCGGACUCUCGCUGUUCCCGGAGGCAUCUCACCACGCCCAAACUAACUGGCCUGUCGCACUCUCGACCGUGGCGCUGGUGACUCUGUUCUCGCAGUACCUGCGCAACGUACGCGUGCCCGUGGUUGGCACCAAGCACCGCAAAGAGCCCCACCGGCCGCGCAGGAUGGCACUCUUCUCGCUCUUUCCGAUCAUCAUGACGAUCGGGAUCAUGUGGCUAGUCUGCCUAGCGCUGACCCUCACCGAUGCCGUCGGACCUGAGAGCGCUGCCCGGACGGACACCAAGCUGCGGGCGCUGAAGGAGAGCGACUGGUUCAACGUCGCCUAUCCGUUCCAGUGGGGCCUCCCGACGGUGAGCGUGGGCGCCGUGGUCGGGCUGCUGGCCGGCGUGCUCGUUUCCGUCGUCGAGUCCGUGGGCGACUACCACGCUUGCGCUCGCCUCUCGGGCGCCCCCGCCCCGCCCGUGCACGCCGUCAACCGCGGCAUCAUGGUCGAAGGCCUGGGCUCCAUCUUGGCUGCCGCCUGGGGCGCCGGCUGCGGGCUCACCUCGUACAGCGAGAACAUUGGGGCCAUCGGCAUCACCAAGGUGGCCAGCCGACGGGUGAUCCAGUACGGGGCGGCCAUCAUGCUCGUGCUGGGCAUGGUGGGCAAGGUGGGCGCCCUGUUCGCCGCCAUUCCGGAGCCCAUCAUGGGCGGCAUCUUCAUCGUCAUGUUCAGCGUCGUCUCGGCCGUCGGUCUGAGCAGCCUGCAGUUCGUGGACCUAAACUCGUCCCGGAACCUGUUCGUCCUCGGCGCCUCGUUGUUCCUCGGCCUCUGCGUGCCGGACUGGGUGCGCCGACACCCGGCAGCUAUCGCUACUGGAAGCGCAGAAGUCGACCAGGUGUUCCGCGUACUGCUAAGCACAAGCAUGUUUGUCGGAGGCUUUGUGGGCAUCUUUCUUGACAACACUGUGCCCGGCACAGCGCAGGAGCGGGGUCUCGAUGGCUGGCGCGCGCACGAGUGCGGCACUGAGGCCACCGCCGGAGACGACGGCAGUCCGGGAGAGUCGGUGACCAUCAAGGAAUGCUACGACCCGCCGGGCGCCAGCUGCAUCGCCAACAGAAUUCCCUUCUCGCGGUUCCUGCCGGUCAGCCCAAACUUCCGGGGUUUCGGCCGAUAGCCUGGCAACGUCGAGCAUGCGCACCACUCAGUGAAGACCGGCGCGCGAGUUCAAUCACGGCAGCAGCCGGGACCAAGACGGCACGUUGACAGUGUACGGCACGUGACGCCGUAUAGCGGCAUCUUUGCGCUCCUCCAUCGACCUGCCGUUGUGUGAUAUGCUGUGGCGACGGAGCGUCGUUGGCCGUCGAUAUCGUCGGCGUUAUUUAGACCCAAUGCAUGAUCUCGCUCGUGGAACGCUCAACAGAAUCGCGCGUGAAAUGCGUGUAUACGUAGACGUCGGACAUUCUUCCACGGACCUCAUCUUUUCGUAUACGCGGCGCGAAACUCGCGUGAAUGCUGCACAAAUGCGUGGGUGCUCGCGCGGGACAAAUGUAACGUGCAGGACACGUCCGCUUGCUUUCCUAUGCAGGGUGCGAUUGAGUGUGUGUAUCUUGGGAGUGUGCAGUAUGCGUCAUUUUGCGGCGUUCGGUAUAGACGUUGGGAACGCCACGAAUGCAACAAUAAAAUUAAAGUGGCCUGCCGAAAGCUGCCCACCGCGAUGAAGUGCUAUAGCACCCACAUUUUUUUGUUGUCUUAGUUGUUUAUUAUAGUUAUGCUGAAGCAACUGUACCGUGUUGAAUAUAAAUACAAAUACGGGCGUUUGGUUACUGGACGCCACAUUUUACCCUCGUGGAA